AACUUUUAAAAUUCUUGAUAGAGUAUAGUAAUACAAUUAUGCUUUGGAUCAAAUAUCAAACAAGUUGUUAAAAUAUAGUCAUAAACAUAAAGUAAUAAGAAAGAUAUGGGGCUAACUAGGGAAGGUAUAAUAUGAAUCUCAGAAAUCCAACAGAGGUUAUGUUCUGUUGUGUAUUCUACUUUACAAAACCCUAUGAGGAUUUUUUUUGUUGCUUUUUUCAACUCUGAAAACACUUCCACUUUCCUAGAUUUCCCGGUUAUCAAUAAUUGUCCCCUUUGAUUUCUCCACCUUAUAUUCUCCUCCUACAUUCUCAUUCUUCUCAUAUCCAUCCAUAACACUUUCUAUUCUCUCUUCUUUCACACUCUCUUUUCCAACUCCACUUUCUCUUCUUUCUUCUCAAAGUGAAUAAGAUGGGUGAAAUAGCUUACUCAAAUGGAAUUACCAAUGGUAAUGGCAAUGGCAAUGGAAAUGACAAAAGCCAUUCACCUAAUGGUUAUAGGAAGAGUUGUUGGUAUGAAGAAGAGAUUGAAGAGAAUCUUAGAUGGUGCUUUGCUCUCAAUAGCAUCUUGCAUACAGGAGCUAGUCAGUAUCAAGACAUUGCAUUGUUGGACACAAAGCCCUUUGGCAAGGCAUUAGUACUUGAUGGGAAGCUUCAGAGUGCAGAGACAGACGAAUUUAUCUACCAUGAAUGUCUUGUUCAUCCAGCUCUUCUUCACCAUCCUUUGCCAAAAAAUGUUUUCAUUAUGGGAGGAGGAGAAGGGUCUACUGCUAGGGAACUGCUCAGGCACAAGACCAUAGACAAAGUUGUGAUGUGUGACAUUGAUGAGGAGGUGGUGGAGUUUUGCAAAUCAUACCUAGUUGUAAACAAGGAAGCAUUCCAUGAUUCGAGACUUGAAGUCGUCAUCAAUGAUGCCAGGGCUGAACUAGAAGGCAAAGAAGAAAGCUAUGAUAUAAUAAUUGGUGAUUUGGCUGAUCCAAUAGAAGGAGGUCCUUGUUAUAAACUUUACACCAAAUCCUUCUAUGAACUCACUCUCAAGCCAAAACUGAAGAAAGGUGGAAUAUUUGUGACACAGGCAGGACCUGCUGGAAUAUUCAGCCACACAGAAGUUUUCUCAUGUAUUUAUAAUACCUUGAGACAAGUUUUCAAGUAUGUUGUGCCUUAUUCAGCUCAUAUCCCAUCUUAUGCUGAUAUUUGGGGAUGGGUCAUGGCUUCAGAUUCUCCAUUGGAUCUUAGUGCUGAAGAACUAGACAUUAGAAUGAAACAGAGGAUUAUGGAAGAGAAUAGAUAUCUUGAUGGGAAAACAUUUAUGUCAUCCUCAACUUUGAGCAAAGCUGUUCGUACUUCGCUAAACAAUGAAACUCAUGUAUACACAGAGGGAGCAGCUAGGUUCAUAUAUGGUCAUGGCAAGAAUGCAUAACUAAGCUUCAAAUCAAAACAAAAAGUAAAGCAAAAAGACACACAAUGCAAGUUAAAAAAGCUUUCAAGAUAUUUAUUUCAUUAUUAUAUGUAUUUCCUUCUUGCUCUUUUCUUUCUUUCUUUUUUUCCUUUUCACCCUUUGGCUUGUACUUCACCACUCAAAAAAAGGCAUGUAAGUUGUACCAAUGAACAGCCAACUGUUCCUAUCUUGUGCUUCUAUUUGGAUAUGCUCCCUAUCUAUACCACUAGUUUAAUAUAUUUAAUUUAAGAAAAAAAGGUGGAAAGGACUAGCAA